AUGGAGGUGCACAAGGGCGCGAGCCGCCUCCUAACAUGUGCGCGUCUGGACCGUGAGAGUGAUUCUCGGCACCAGAAUGCCAUCAAGCGUCCGCUAAUAGCUAAUUGGCACGAAAAAAUUGGAAGGAAUGGCCAAGUAUAUAUCAGUAUUAGUAGCGAGGAAGAUGAAGAAAUGGAAGAUAAGGAACGAGAAGACGCAAGUAUCGAGCAGAGUACACUAGAUUUUGAUGCUAGCAGAAGAAAGCAGCCUGAUAUUGUAACAAUUGAUAGCAGUAGUGACGAAGAGGUGGAAUUGUUGAUGCAAACAAUGAAGCCUCAAAAACUUCCAAGACAGAUUGCUACAAGAGCAAGCGUUGUGCGGAAUGCGCAUCAUGUGGCCAAAGUACGAAAGCGCCGGCUUGGAGAGGAAGAUGCUGCAUUUCUGCUGUUUUAUGGUCACAGAGAAACCCCCAAUGCGAGUAUUUUACGGCUGAUUAUUGAAUUAAUAUCGACAGGGGUGGGUGCGCCAAACAAAUUUUUGUCAAAAUUUAUUAAAUACUUGCUUUGGUGCAAGCUUAGCUCAACGGUAGAUGCGGGUCUGGCUUAUGAGCGUCUCGUGCAGUCUGAGUGGACAAAAAUUGUCUUCAGCUGUCCUGUACCACCUCACCGUCGGAGAUCAGGCCCGAUGCCUCGUCCAACUCUAUUGACACGACCCAUCACGAUUACAGUGCAGCCAUUACAGUUGGUACGGAAACAGCCGCAACGUCGCAGUUUGUGCGUGUCAGUUAAGGCCAGUAGCGCCAAGAAUGGGGAUAAAUGCGAGUCGGUGGAUCUAUAUCCGACGCCAGACGAGAAUAUCGAGGAUGUAGCAAAGAGAUCGUCUGAAAAAAGUUUGCGCUCCAAACCAGUCUCGAAGAGUCCCAAAAAGAGCACAAAUGCGGCUCAGACAAAGUCUCCUCGAGGUGAAGUGCGUAAACGCCCACUCAACUCAACAAAAAUUGGUACAAUGAUAUCUAGUAAUGCACACACUGGUCAUAUUGACACUUCAUCACCACGAAAACAUCAGCGUCGUGAUGAUAGAGUAGCUUUACCGCUUGUAAAUCCGCGCCAAGUUGUGCAAGCCACGAGUCUUAGUGCUCAGAGUAUCAGUCAAAAGCUUAUGGAGCCUCUGCCAUGCGAUUGUCGGAUACUAGGGGAAAACUGGAGUCUUCCUUACGGCUGGCGACCAAUUGGUCACGACCAGGCUAGGUCUUCGCUAAUGGUAACUUGUGUAGAAGUAAAUCCGAUGCUGCGGAUGACUGCGGAUGAGAUUGCUCUACACAUUGCAUCAGUUCGUCGAGAAGGCCGCUUUACUAGUUUUGAGAAGGUUACUGAGAUUUUAUUGAAACUAAUGUCGGAUCCACGUAAUCGACACGGAAUUUUUAAUACGCCAGUGGAUCCAGUGGCUCAAGACUUGCCUACUUACACAUCGAUCGUACAGCGUCCAAUGGAUCUUGGUACCAUCAAAUGCAAUCUCUUUGCUGGAAAAUAUCUCGAGCUUGACGAUCUUGUUUCCGACGUUCGUUUAGUGUUUGAAAACGCAAUGCUAUUUAACCCUGCUUCACACUACGUCCAUGUCGAUGCUGAAAUUCUUUUGAAUCGAUUUAAUGAAUUAUUAACGGCGGAACAAAAUCGACAGCUGAAACGACAACGAGUGCAGCAUUCUUGUUUAGUAUGUCGUGGGAACUCAUGUAUUGUUUGUCACCAGCAAUGCCUAGAAACCACUCCACCGCAUUUGCAGUGCUCUGGAGGCUGUACUACUGAGAUCCGUAAAGGUUCAGUAUAUUUCAUAACCGAAGAUGGUACUCGUAUUUGGUGUCAGAAGUGUAAAGCUCGUUUGACGAGGGAUCACAGCUCGGCAGAUCGACCAUGUGAUAAUGAUACAUUCGUGAUGUUGAAUUCUCUUGUAAAAAAGAAAUGUGAAAUUACGGUGGAACCGUGGGUGAAGUGUGGGGAAUGUAAUCGUUGGCUUCACCAGGUCUGUGGUCUCUAUAAUCCGGUGAUGGGGGCAUACGAUGCACUAAAACCCCAAAGCAGAGGAUCUAAUGGGAAGACCUUCUUCACCAAUUCAUAUGUCUGUCCAUUAUGUCGUUGCCGACGAAAGCGUGCGACCAUUUCCCCAAAAUGUUCAAUGCGCAAAACUUUGCACGCUCAUCCUGACGAGCACAUGCAAACCAAUUCUUUUCUCAAUAUUCCAAGCUGUGAAUUAAGUAUAUUUAUCCAAAAGUUUCUAUGUCGUGGUCUAAAUGAUAUUGGCGAGCACGAAGCUGCCCAAACCCUUUAUGUACGGGUGUUGUCAUUCCCAGGCGAAUGUUUUACCGUUUCAGAGAGUGUGGUGCAGACUUUUGAUGAAAAUGCGCAGCUUCUCUCUCAGCUGCGGCCAGGCACCAAGACGAGCUCGCAACGUAUACCUUCUCAAAUAACUUAUCUCUCUCGUGGUCUUUAUCUAUUUCAAAAGCACGAAGGAAUGGAGGUUUGUCUCUUUACAAUCUACGCUCAAGAAUUUGGCGACAACUGUGAGCUCGAAGCUAAUCGACGUGCUGUAUACAUCGCCUAUUUGGAUAGUGUUCGAUAUCUAAAACCCACAAGUGCACGGACGACGGCGUAUCACCUGAUUCUACUAGCUUACUUUGACUACAUGCGGCGCCAUGGUUUCUCUCGCGUUCACAUUUGGUCAUGUCCACCGCAAAAACGAAUUAGUUAUAUAUUUUGGUGUCGUCCAUCGUUUCAAAAGACUCCUAGUGCGGAACAUUUGCGUCGAUGGUAUAAUACAUUGUUACUUAAAGCAAAAGAGUGUGGAAUUGUCAAGAAUUGGACAACACUGUAUGAUAGAUACUUCAAAGAAAGUGACUGUAGCGAGUUGACACCAUCUGCCUCAAGUGCGUCGGUGAGUGAGAAGACAACCCCUGGAGUUUCAACUCGAGGCACUGCCGUCUUGUCUAUGAAUCCUAAUGAGUUUGUAUGGCCUGCAAACCAAUUACCAUCGAUAUUUGAUGGUGAUAUUUUUCCUUCUGAGCUCGAACGAAUACUUGGGCGCAUCAAGUCCAGAAAUGAAAAGCAAGAACGAGCACGCGAAAACAAGAAACUUGUGGUGUAUGGCACAACUAAUACUGCUGGUCGCGCAGGUGGAAAGAUGAAUGGCAAUUUAUUGUCUAAACAGGAUGAAGCGACGAGUACGUCAGCGUCAUCAGCAUCGCAAUCGGUGCAAGUUAAUGUUAAACUACGCGAAGUUUUCCUAAAGUGUCAAUUUGCAUUUCAACGAUUAAAAAACGAUUUACUGGUGGUGGAUCUACAAGAGGUCAAUGAUUUAUCAAGUGAGACCCGAGAAAUGCUUAGUUGCCAACCGGAGACACUUGUGUCAUCCUGGUACGAGCAGGUCCCUCGUUUCUUCAGCAGUCGUUUUAUGUUCCAUCAAUUGUGUUCACUUGCCGGCUAUCAAUUUGAUUCACUUCGUCGUGCCAAGCACUCUACCAUGAUGAUGGUCCAUCAUUUUUUCAACGAACAGUUUAUGGAGCUUACGCUCGAUGCCGUUGCAAAAGACGCUUUUCGCCGCGAGUUUUUCUAUCGUUGCUUUACAAAUCGAGAGGUACAAGCUUUGGAGUUACGCUUUGCCUUAUUGUAUCGUAUUCGGCAGUACAAACGCCUCGUGGGGCGACGCGACUUGCUACCACGUGCCGCUAAAGACAUUGUAGCAUCAUAUUUACAGCAAGUAGAGUCAACAAACCAAUUGUUGUUGCCUCUAUCAGCUGAACCACUUCGUACUCGCGUGAUCAAUGCGGUAGAGGGAGAUUACUGUCCUCUAGAUCUAUUUAAUGGAAUUGAGACGCUUGUAUAUGAACACAUGACGCGUGAAGUAUUUCCGCAAUUUCUGCAUAGCCAAGAAUACACGAAAUUGUGCGAUGCUCUGAGGUCGAGACGACAAGUGCCACUUGCUCAAGUGCUUGUUGAUACAAGACGUACACAAUUUCUCAUGAACUUUUUAUCAAAAGAAUAUUCAGGAGAAGAAGGCAACUUGCUCUUCUGGGUGCAUGUCCAGACGAGAUUUUUACCAUUGAUUCAAACGACACUAUUCUCAGUUGCACUGUUUGAAGAGGUUCAGCGCCAAGUGCGUCAUGUGUUCAAUCGAUUUCUGGUGGGAGAGCGGGAAGUAGAAAAAAAUGGUGCGACUCAAGUUCCAGAAGCUGUGCGGCGAGCGACGUUGCAGCAAAUCAUGAAAUUGCAAAGUGAACCAUUUUCUCCACCUCGUUACGCAAAUUUAUUUCGUGCUGCACAGGACUGCGUCUGGGAAUGGCUACAAACUGUCUAUCCAAAAUUUUAUGCUUCUAGCCUAUAUGUUAUGCUCGUGGUGGAAAUGGAAGAUAUCGAGUCAGACCAACAGUUACGACGCUUAAGUGAGUACGUGUUGGCGUCGGAGACGAAAUGUGUUGCAGGACUUCAAGAGAGUCCAAAUGAAGUAAUGACGUCAAAGUGUGAUGCGCAUUUAAAAGCCAAGACUGUGCUUGUACCGAUCAAAGUUUCUCCGUUUAAUCCGUUAUGGAUACAAGAAACUGAAUGCAAACGUUGCCAUUAUAAUCGUGUACUUGCAAUAGAAGAGUUAGCUCAACUUGGAAUAAACAGUCUUUCUAUUGCUUCAACAAUAUCGUCAAAUACGCCCUGUACAGAUCAAGUUGUCUUUGAGCUGUUCUGUUCUGGAAACCAGCAAGAAGUUGCUGCACAGAUGCACCCAACGUAUUUGAACCACUGGUGCAUGAAUAUGAUGGAACCAGCUAGCGAUACUAUAUUGUCUCCGUCUGGGCGUCCAACGAAACCGGCUGUACCGAAGCCUUCUUCUCACGAUUUUGUCUUACCUCUCGAUGAACCCAGCGAAACAACCAAUUCUCGCUAUCUUUACGGCGUUUGUCUUACUUUGUGGCGACAAAAAUCCGCUCAAGAGAAGCCACACACACCCAAUGUCAAUGAUCUUACUACUAGAACAGCAGAUGCUGCAGUGGGAGAGCUUGUUGCUACCGCGCAAUUUUAUAAGCAAGUUUUUACUGUUUUGACUACCGAAUUGAAGCACAAGAAAAGUCGUCGGCUGUUAUUGCAACUGGCAUCAAAAAAAUCGGAUGAUCUCACCGCUGAUACAAUUACUCAAUCAGUUACAUCAAUUUUCAACUGUGCAAGUAACGUUUAUCAACUUUUAUGUCCACGAUACAGUGGCUUUUACUUACAGCCGCAUCUACGUACGGUCGACAUAUCAUUAAGCUCUGUAUUCAAAGAGAUUAGCGCUCAGACUGUAAUUAAUAUUUUAGCGUCAAUUCUUGUUGGUAGGUCCAUAAUCGUGGUGUCCAAUCGGUCUUCAGCUCUUGUCUCGGUCAUUGAAGCUAUUCGAGAAUUACUCAAGCCGUUUGAAUGGACGCAUAUAUAUUUGCCAUUUUGCUCGGUGUUAAUGUCCACUAAAUUGCGGGAUAUUGGACUUUUUCUCGAUUCAAACAUUUCUCCAUUUCUUCUUGGCUACGAAGGCAUGCUUUCGUUGUCAAAAAAAGAUUCAGGAAUAGAUCAACGGUAUCGAAUCCGUGAGUCAUGUGAUUUCAGCUUGUCAUGUCUUGAAAAUGUUAACACCGAGUACAUAACUCAAGGAAACAGCUUUUAUACGACCCACAAGGUCUCUCUGAGUCUUCAAGCUCCACUUACGGCUGGAAGGUAUGAAUACCCGCCAGAGCUCUUACAGACAACGGCAAUAGUCAUUGAUAUUGACUCGGACGAUACGUACGUUCCGGAAAGAGCUGAGAUUCCCGAGCUUCCGCAGGCAAUCGUACGAGAACUAGAAAUUAAUCUGAAUCUAGCCCUUCGUAGCUCUCGCAUCUCUCAAGCAGAUUCUUAUCUCUUCAAUUCCAGCAGAAGUCGAAGCCCUCUACAAGAAAUGCUCGAAAAAGCCAAGGUUGAGGGUACAAAUGCGGAGAUUGCAGUGAAUACAAACACUCCGUCUCUGGAUGAUCAAGUCCGUCUUGCGUUCUUGUGGUUCCUUGAAGCGUUAUUGGGCGACGUUGUAUACUACUUUUGCUGUCUUCGCCAAGCCUUUGCGAUAGAUAAUCAAUCAACUUCAGCCGAAGUUGACAAAUUUCUUUUGUUUGAAAUUGAUUCCUUCCUGGAUGCCCACACUGAGCUCGGCUGUCGCGAUUUCUUCCGUCAGUGCUUCCACACUGAGCUCUUCCGCAAAUACUUGCUGGACCAGCAUAUGCGGUUUACUUUUAAAAGCGUUAGCAACGACCUUGGAUUCAUCGAGCAUACAGAGCCGCACCAAGAGCUCCUACCUGACGAAUUUAUCUAA